AUGCUGGAAUUAACAGGAAAAAAUUUGCCAAAUAGGCAACAAGAACUAAAUAUUAAAGUAAAAGAAGCAGUAACCCAAAAUGUCGAUUUUAAUGAUCUUAAACUUUUAGAAGAAAAAUCUGAUGUUGAUAGGCUAUUUAAAAUUGAUGUGGCCUCGGAGUAUAAAAAUGCAGCUUAUAUCUUAGAAAUGUUUACAAGUGGUGAUUCGUUGUACAUUUCGAGAGCUUUAAAGUCAUCGUGGCUAUAUAGUGAAGAAUAUGUGUAUAUCAUUAACCCUGAUUAUUUGCACAAGAAUAUAUUCCCAUCAAUGUCUGUGAAAAUGACAAAAAAGCUUUUAACAACUAUAUCUAAAAAUAUAAGAAGUGAAGAGAGAGCACUCAGCUUCUACAAAUAUUGCUGUGAAAAUAAAUUCCAGAACAUUGCAAAUAAGUUCCUAUUAUUUACUUCUGAGAAACAUAAAUUGGAAUAUUUAGAGAAGAAAACAUGUUUAGAUUACUCUAUAGACAUUCCUCAUUUUGUUGGUGAUUCAUUUUGUCUUGCUGAAAAAUGUUCAAACAGGAGAAUCUUACUCAGCGAGUUAUGCUAUUUGUACUCUGUAUGUAGUGAAAGAUAUUUAGAUUUAUUUGAAAGCUCUUGUGACCAUUCGUAUGGUUUAAAAUUUGGACGCAGGAUUUCUAAAAGUAUUUUAACAAAGCAAAAACAUAGAGUUACAAAUAAUCCAGCGCUUUAUAUUGAAUACUUGGAUAUUAAUAUGAUAUUAAAAUAUAGUACUGUUGAAGAUGCAAAGUUGUAUUUAAAGACUUUAUUGCCAGACAAAGCAGUAGAUUUUUGGCCAAAUUUUUCAAAGUAUAGUGGUAAUUCAAAGAAAAUGAUAUCAAUUAUGAAACUCCUACCAGAAAAUGACAAAUAUAAUUUUUUGAAACAAAUAUUUAUAACAAAAUAUCUGGCGGAGCCAUUUGAAAGUAGUCAUGAGUUUUACAAUAAUAAUAUGUUUGAGCUGAUGACUUGUGAAGAGAGGGAAGUUUGGGCCUUGACGUACAUUAAAGAAAACACAGAAUUCCUAGGCAGUGAUCAAGAGUUCAUUUGGUGUAAAUAUGUAAGUUUUGAAUUAGCAUUCAAGGAAAUAAAAAAGUAUAUUUUACUGGCAACUGAUCAUUUUAAGAGAACCCAGAUGCUUAGUAUAUUGGUAGGUGCAGCAAGAACUGAAGAAGAUUUGGAAAAAGUUAUUAAUUAUUAUUAUGAUAGACAUAUUAAUGAAAGAGGCCUUGAUAAAGUAGAUUUUGUUGAAAAAAUAUGUGAAAAUCAUAAUGUUUUCAAAUUUAAGGAAUCUUGCUGGACAGCUUUCAACAAAAUUUUACAUAGUAUGAAAGUUUACACCAAAGACUUUUUUUAUGAUCAAUUUAGGACUCUUUCCAUUGUUUAUCAUAUCUUAAACAACAAAGAAAUACCAGACACAUUACAGGUUGAGAUUAUAACUGAAACUAGACUGCAUUAUUUCAAUGGACACUUGCGAAAGUUAACUAAAGAUGAAAUUAAUCUGGUAUAUAAAUAUUAUUUAAAUCUAUUAACUAGCAAAGCUGAAGCUUUUGCUGGUCAAGAGUAUGAUAAGAAUAAUGUAAGAACUAUUCUGUCUUCUGUUUUACUUAUUUUAAAUCACUUUAAAAAAACAAAGGAUGACUGUCCGGAGAUUAUUAUGAAAUAUAUAAAAUUGGAUUGGGACUAUUUUAAACAUUCAGAAUUUCUGGUGAAAAAAGAGAAUAUUACAGAAAGUUAUUUAAUUCGCCUGCUGAAACAAGAUGCCAAACUUUUAUUGAGCAAAUUAACAGAAGCUAAAAAAGGUCUUUCAAUUUAUUCUUCAUUACGACUAAACAGUUUAAUGAAGAAGAUUAAAAUAUACUUUUCUAAUGAUAUAGCAAGAGAUUGUCUUAAUACUUUUGAAAAGUGGUUGUCAGAUGUCGAAAAUAUUACGUACGUUAUUUACAGAGUGACUAUAUGCAGUAUAUUCCAAAUAGCAGACGAAGAUUACAAAAUUAAUUUCAUGUCGAAGUACACCCCUACUGAUGCAAAGAUAGCACAUGAUAGGAUAGAUCAACACGUCUUAAGAAUCCAAGAGUCUAUUUGUCGAUUCGCUCAUUACUCAAGGCCGCCGAUACCUUUGCAGGAACUUCUUAAAUUUAUUAAGGGCGAUUACGUACACUUUUGCUUGCCGAUGUUCGGCUUUUAUGUCAUGAACCUGCCGCCCCCUAUGGUUCUCCAAUUUAUAGCGGCGAUCCUAAACACACCGGUGUCAGUACAGAAACACGGUCUACGUCUAGCGUUCCAAUGCUUUAAUCCUGAUGAAUUGAAGAAACUUGUAUUGGAUUGUUGGGGUAGAACGAAAAAUGUAUCUUUACGAAAAGUCCUUUAUAAAGGUCUCUAUGAUCGUGUGACGGCCGGCGAUGACGCAAUCGAAGAUUUUUAUGAACUACUUAAACUAAUUACCUUACAACUAAGUGACGAUGACGACGAUGAGAUAUUUGGUCUGUUGUGUAGUGUAUCAUCAUUACCAGAACAUUUGAAAGGGGACUAUUUGCAGACAGCUUGGAAAGCUGUUCAAAAAUUAUCAGAUAAAAACAUAAAGAACUUUGAUAGAAAAAGAGAAGUCAUAAAAAAAAUUCAGUCAAAUAUUGAUAUAAUGGAUAAAGAAUUCUGUCGCAGUCAAAUUUUGGAUGAUUUUAUCAAAUCAAUGUUAGUUGAGAGAAAAAUUCACGUAGAAUAUAAAAAUUAUAAAAUUGUAGAAUUAAUCCAAGAAAUGUGGACUCUUGCUGUGAAAUAUAUACUCCAUUUCGAUAAUCAAGAACAACUUAGCAGAAGUUUGGAAUUGGCAUCCUUUAUUAUUAAAAAAUGUGUGGAAAUGUGGGAUUGUGUUUCCCAAAAUAUUUAUACUACUCGCAAAUUUCUAAUCGAGUUUUUAGAUACAUUACUAAAUGAAUCUUACUGUGAUAGGAAUAAAGGCCAAGCCAUACCUGUUUUACAGAAUAUAAUGAAAGAACUAAGAGAAUUAAUUCCAAUAAGAGAAAUAUAUAUUAUAUAUUGUAAAUUUACAUUUGUUCUUGUUUCGAAGGAAGUGAUGGGAACCAAAAAUAUGGAAUUAUUGACUAACGAAAUAAGUUCUACAACUUAUACAGAUAUUGCCCAAGAGUUUACUGAUAAAUUGGUAACAUCGUUAAUGGACUUGAAACAAAACCAAAUGUUGUACACUAGCUUUUAUAGUCAACUGGCUAGUGAAAUUUCACAAAUUAUUAUAUCAAUGACUUAUGACACUGAAUUGAAAAGUGAGUGUCUGUUGGCCCAAGUGUGUGAACGUUUGACUGACGUCCAAAUGUUUGAGACCUAUGCUUUAGCCUUACUAAUAUUUCCUACUGAAAUCCAAACAGCCGAAGCGGAAGUGCUGCCACCAUUUGCGAAAAAAAUUAAAAAAAAUGGUAAUGAAGAAUGUCAAACUAUGUUAUGGAAUACUAUUUUAUCUAGUGGAAAUUAUAGGCCUUGCACCUGGACUGUCCGCAGAAAU